AUCAAUUCUGUCAGGUAUGCUUUGAGCAUGCGAUAAUAAAAUUUUGACUCGGCCAUCAUAAAUUUAAAAAUGAAGCAAAUCAAAAACCAACUGGUGGAUAAGGAUGGGGAAAUAGUUCAAGCAAAGGAUAAAAUUCUCAAUGAGAUGAUUCUAGAUUUCUCUAUAGUAAACAAAGACGCUCGAGAACAUUCCUCGCAAACCGAGGUAUGCAAAACCAUUUCUGGUAUGUCACAAGAACCUUGGCCCGAAGAUGUCGUACUUUACCAACCCUACAAAGAUGAACAAAUCAUUCUACCAGAUUUGUCCAACUGCCUAGCAGUAGAAGCCUUCUUGAGAAUGUGCCAUUUGGAGUACCAGAUCGAGGAAAGAACUAACGCAGAAGCUAUGUCACCAACCCUCAAGGUACCCUUCAUCAAAGCCGACAGAUACGUUCUUUCUGGCCUAGACGGUAUAUUGCAAUUUGUGGAAACCAAGGGCAUAACCUUAACUGACAAACUAGCACAUGAGGAAAGAUUCAACAUGAAAGCUUACAUGUCUUUAUUAACAAACAUGCUCGAACUAGCAGAACUUUAUCUUUGCUGGUUCGACAAGCAAACGUACAAUAACGUAACUUCUAUCAGAAAUGGGUUCGCUCAUUCGUGGCCUUUGAACCAUAUCCAGAACAGGAUGAAACAAUUCAAAAUUGAAAGGAAGCUGCAGGCCUUCGAAUGGUAUCAAAAGAGCAUCGACGAUGUGCUUUUGGACGUGGAGACUUGUUGCGAAGCGUUGAGUAUCAGGCUAGAUGGUAAGCCGUUAUUUUUCGAAGGUGGUCCGACGGAGUUGGACGCUUUAGUCUUUGGUCAUCUGUCAGCUAUUCUGAGAGUACCAUUGCCAAGGAAUGAGUUGGCAAGCAAAGUCAUGAAAUUUCCCAGUCUGGUGCAGUUUGUGCGGAAGAUAAAUGCGGAUUAUUUCAAGUCAUCGUGGAAAUAAAUAUAUGUAUACCAAUAAAAACAUCACUAUAA